CUAAAAUGGAUUUAAAUGUAUUUUAAAGUAAGAAUAGAUAUUAUAAAUGUAUUUAAUUUUAUUCUAAAAUAUUAAAUUAUUGAAAAUGUACACUCAAUUUGAUUCUAAAUUUGUUACAAAAAAAAUCUGUUUGAAUUUAUUAUUUUCUAUAAUUUCUUUUUAAUUUUUCUUAUUGUUGUUUUCCAAUCCAAAAAAGGAUAAUAAUAAUAGGCCGCAGACUGAGAGGAUUAAUCCAAAAGCAAAGCCGUGAUCAGGGGAUUAUAAGUAGGCCCCACCUGGGUUGGCAUUUGACAUUUCUCUACUUACUCCAUUCAUUCAACCCCAAUAACUCCUCCUCUCUCCAUUCUCCACCACCCCACCCAUGAACACUCAAACCACGGCGGCGCAACACCCCUCCUCCGCUGCCGCCCUCCGCCUGAGGAGCACAAGGAACCACACGAAAAGUGCCCACGGCGAUGAAGAAGCGGAUGACAAGGCUGAGGUGGAGAAGAAGAUAGUGGCGCUGCAGAAGAUAGUUCCCGGCGGAGAGAAGCUGCCGGUGGAGGAGCUGUUUCAAGAGACGGCGGAGUAUAUAUUUGCGUUGGAGAGCCAAGUUGAGGCAUUGAGGUUUCUUGCUGCCUUCGUUCAAACCUCCCAGAAGAGAAAGAGGAAGCUUGGUGGUUAAUUAAUUUUAUUUUUUUUUCUUUUUUCUUUUCCAGAUUUGUCUUUUUUCCCUACCUCGUUUUAUUAUAUAUGGAAUUUCUUUAGGUCAAAAAUAUAAAUACAAUAAUAAUGGUUAACUA